GGCUGGUGUGUGUCUUGCCUCAGAGUCAGGGGCGUCCUGGGGCCGGAAGUGCUCUGUCUCUUGAGGCCCGCCUCUUCCGGCGCUCUCUCAGCCCUCCGCUCGUUGUUGUCUUUGCGGCGCCUGAGAGGAAGAAGAAGCGAGAGCCCCUCGGGAGUGGCCGCAGUCCCGCCGUGACCCCGAAACGCAGAGCCCAAGAGGGACAGAGCAUCAUCCCAGGGUUAAGAAUGAUAACACAGCCUUGGGAUUAGUAAUAUUCUUCCUCCAAGAUUGAUGGACCGGUCGUCUCCAACCUACAUGGUUGCCAACUUAACCCCUUUGCAUUCAGAGCAGCUUCUGCAGGGCCUGAACCUCCUUCGGCAGCACCAUGAGCUCUGUGACGUCAUCCUUCGCGUCGGAGACGUCAAGAUCCAUGCUCACAAAGUGGUGCUGGCCAGCAUCAGCCCCUACUUCAAGGCCAUGUUCAGCGGCAACCUCUCAGAGAAGGAGAAUGCGGAGGUGGAGUUCCAGUGCAUCGCUGAGGCAGCCCUUCAAGCCAUUGUGGAGUACGCUUACACAGGGACUGUUUUCAUCUCGCAGGACACCGUGGAGUCGCUCCUGCCUGCGGCCAACCUCCUACAGAUCAAGCUGGUGCUGAAGGAGUGCUGCAGCUUCUUGGAGAGCCAGCUGGAUCCCGGGAACUGCAUUGGGAUCUCCCGCUUUGCCGAGACGUAUGGCUGCCAUGAUCUCUACCUGGCCGCCAGCAAGUACAUUUGCCAGAACUUUGAGGAGGUCUGUCAGACAGAGGAGUUUUUUGAACUGACCCAUUCUGAGCUGGUUGAAAUUGUCUCCAACGACUGCUUGAACGUGGUGACUGAGGAGAUGGUCUUCUAUGCCCUGGAGUCUUGGAUCAAGUACGAUGCCCAAGAGAGGCAGAAGUACCUGGCCCAGCUCCUCCACUGCGUGCGGCUGCCUCUGCUAAGCGUCAAAUUCCUCACCCGACUCUAUGAAGCCAACCAUCUCAUCCGUGAUGACCACACCUGCAAGCACCUUCUGAAUGAAGCACUGAAGUACCACUUCAUGCCGGAGCACCGGCUCUCCUACCAGACAGUGCUGACCACACGCCCUCGCUGCCCCCCCAAAGUCCUUUGCGCUGUUGGAGGGAAGGCCGGCCUCUUUGCUUGCCUGGAAAGUGUGGAGAUGUACUUUCCCCAGAAUGACACUUGGAUAGGACUGGCACCUCUAAGUGUCCCACGCUAUGAAUUUGGUGUCUGUGUCCUUGAUCAGAAAAUCUAUGUGAUUGGGGGGAUUGCCACCCACAUGUGUCAAGGCAUCAACUAUCGGAAGCAUGAGAGCUCAGUGGAAUGCUGGGACCCCGAUACAAAUACCUGGACCUCCAUGGAAAGCAUGAACGACAGCCGAAGCACCCUGGGGGUUGCUGUUCUAUCACGAGAAAUCUAUGCCUUGGGCGGCUAUAAUGGCCAGUCAUACCUGCAGUCUGUGGAGAAGUACAUUCCGAAGGUGAAGGAGUGGCAGCCUGUGGCACCCAUGAGCAAAACCAGGAGCUGCUUUGCUGCAGCUGUUCUGGAUGGCAUGAUCUACGCCAUCGGUGGCUAUGGCCCUGCCCAUAUGAACAGUGUGGAACGUUACGAUCCAAGCAAAGACUCCUGGGAGACCGUUGCCCCCAUGGCUGACAAAAGAAUAAACUUUGGUGUUGGGGUUAUGCUGGGCUUCAUAUUUGUUGUUGGGGGCCAUAACGGCGUAUCUCACUUGUCCAGCAUUGAGCGGUACGAUCCGCACCAAAACCAGUGGAGCAUUUGCCGGCCGAUGAAGGAACCCAGAACAGGAGUUGGAGCCGCUGUCAUUGACACAUACCUUUAUGUCGUCGGUGGACACUCGGGCUCAUCCUACCUGAACACUGUACAGAAGUAUGACCCUAUCUCAGACAGCUGGCUGGACACGGCUGGGAUGUUGUACUGCCGGUGCAAUUUUGGCUUGACUGCACUUUGAAGGGGAGGAUGCCCUGGAGGACUCAGCCAGCAGAAAGAUGCCCAGCCUGUGGUGGAGACCAGAAGCUGUUUUUCUUGGAAAAGGAGAGAGAGGAAGGAAGGAAGGAAGGAAGGAAGGAAAGGCUUGCGGAAACGCAGAAGGUGGAAACCUGCAUAGGACUGUGCCUGGUCUCUGCUGGUUACAAAGAUCCUGUCUUCAGGAUGGGGAAAGUUGAAUCUUUCUCCUGUGGAUCUGUCACACGGGCAUGAAAGGACCUGUCUUGACGUACAAAGUGCUGUGUUUUGCCUGAAGUAGGCGUAGGAACUCCUUGACUCAGAGCUUUGGGCCUUUUCCUCCUCCUCCAUAUUCUCCUAUGCCUGACCUAGGUUGCCCUGCUGAAGAUGCGGGAGCCUUUGAACGUAUCACACAAGCAGACUUGUCUCAGUAGAUGUCUGAUGCCCUCUUGGCAUCGAGAGACCAUCAUGGCUUCACAGUUUUUUAUGAACAGUUAAUUAAAGGGCUUCAUUAAUUUCCCCCUCCAGCUGUAUAACCCCCCCCCACCCCUUUCACUCAAGGUUUGUUAAUAUAAACAAUGCCAUAGAUCCAUUUGCCUGCAGCAACCCCCACAUACACACACACCCUGUUUUGUUUUGUUUUGUUUGCUGAUGGGAAUUUGAAGAUUAUUAGAAUGGAGUGGUUUGCUUUAAGUUGAAAAACUUAUUGUUACUGUUGUUGUAAUUAUUGAUAAGAGAGCCAUCAGUGCACAAAUGCCCUUUUAACCUUGGACUCCUUAGACUCCUGGCUACACAUCUGAACCAUGACUUGUUUUACCCUCAUCCUUAUCUGUAUGGAAAGAGCCAUGUAGCUUUCCAAACUGACAAGAGGGAAAGCUCUAGCCAGAAAAACCCUACUGGGCAUCUUGGGGUUACUGAAAUGAUAUAUCAGAGCUUGCCAGCAGUCUCCCUCCUGCUGCCCCACUAGUAGUGCAUGCCUUUUGUUCAUCAGCCUACAUGUAACGGUAAAUAAUAGACCACCAGGGUUUUCGGAAUAUCCAGACUUGUAACAUGGUGCUAAAUAAAUCUCUUGAAAGAGAAGAAGCCCCACUGAAGUCAGAGGGACAUCUUCCCAAAGGGAUUGUGCUAAGGCUUGGCCAAAGGGAUGGAGAAUUCACCUUGUUGUCUUUAGUGGACGUUGCCAACCUCAGACGUGGUGGGUUGAUGUCACUCUCUUGUUUUCCUUACCUGUUCAUCUAUGCCUGUCAAAUAUAUCAAACCUUUAACUUUUAUUUUUUAUGAUUAGUUCAUCUGGAGAAAUCCCAGUCAAGCAGAUUCUUAAUAGAAGCUGAAGAGAAAGCGCAGUGGUUCCCUCUAGUUCUCUCAUUUUCUUUAAACUAGUAUUGGGUGGCAGUUAUUUCUCCCGUGGCGUGUUCUCCCUCCCUCAUUGCUGUUCUGUUCCCUUUCAUUUCAGCCAAACUUUUCCAGAGGAUGGGGUACUGCUUCUUCAGAUUUCAGAGCAGGCUGUUCUUGAGCUGCAGUUUCCAUCUUGCUUCGCCAUGGACUGCGGCUGAUGGAAGUUGCAAUCCAACAUGAGCUGGAGGCUGCCUAUUUGCCAGCCCAGCUCUUGAGCAGAUUGAAAUCGGAGCAUACCCUCUUUGGGAUAUCUUGGAACUUAAUUUUAAAUAAUGAGGGAGAGACACAAGAUCCUUACUGCUUAUUAGGGGCUGAAACUGUUCCACUUUCUUUUUUUGUGUGUGUGUCUGCCAGCAUAUAUUUCUGCUUCAUACAAGAAACUUUACUUUCAUUUGCUGUUGUG